UUCGAAAUACACACUCGAAAUUCCAAACCUCAUCUCUCUCUCUCUCUUCCAAACCCUUGCUCUCUUUCUCUCUCUCAUCAUGGGUCAGGGAACUCCGGGCGGUCUGAACCGCCAACCACCAGGCGACCGAAAGCAAGACGGCGACAAGAAGGAGAAGAAGUUUGAACCGGCGGCGCCGCCGGCCCGAGUCGGCCGCAAGCAGCGGAAGCAGAAGGGACCGGAGGCGGCGGCGCGGCUUCCGACGGUGACGCCACUGACGAAGUGCAAGCUGAGGUUACUAAAACUCGAGCGAAUCAAAGACUACCUUCUGAUGGAAGAAGAGUUCGUGACGAAUCAAGAGAGAUUGAAACCCCAAGAAGAGAAAACGGAGGAGGACCGAUCUAAGGUCGACGAUCUGCGUGGGUCGCCGAUGAGCGUUGGCAAUCUCGAGGAGUUGAUCGAUGAGAAUCACGCCAUCGUGUCGUCUUCGGUGGGACCGGAGUACUACGUGGGGAUUUUGUCGUUCGUAGACAAGGACCAGCUUGAGCCUGGGUGUGCCAUUUUGAUGCACAAUAAGGUUCUUUCUGUUGUUGGACUUCUUCAAGAUGAAGUUGAUCCAAUGGUGUCUGUAAUGAAGGUUGAGAAGGCGCCAUUGGAGUCAUAUGCUGACAUUGGUGGCUUAGAUGCCCAGAUACAGGAAAUCAAAGAAGCAGUAGAGCUCCCUCUAACACACCCUGAAUUAUAUGAAGACAUUGGUAUCAAGCCUCCUAAGGGGGUGAUACUUUAUGGAGAGCCUGGAACUGGCAAGACUUUACUUGCUAAGGCUGUGGCAAACUCCACAUCUGCAACUUUUUUACGUGUUGUUGGAAGUGAAUUGAUUCAAAAAUAUUUGGGAGAUGGUCCGAAGUUAGUGAGGGAACUCUUUAGAGUUGCGGACGAUCUCUCACCUUCAAUUGUGUUCAUUGAUGAAAUUGAUGCAAUUGGUACAAAAAGGUACGAUGCUCACUCAGGUGGUGAACGUGAAAUUCAGAGGACUAUGUUGGAACUGCUGAAUCAGUUGGAUGGUUUUGAUUCUAGAGGAGAUGUAAAGGUGAUCCUAGCAACAAACAAAAUUGAAAGUCUUGAUCCUGCACUGCUUCGCCCUGGUCGAAUAGACAGGAAGAUUGAAUUCCCUCUUCCUGAUAUUAAAACAAGGAGACGCAUUUUCCAGAUACACACAUCAAGGAUGACAUUGGCUGAUGAUGUCAACUUGGAAGAAUUUGUUAUGACUAAGGAUGAGUUUUCUGGAGCUGAUAUCAAGGCAAUAUGCACUGAAGCCGGUUUGCUUGCAUUAAGAGAGCGUCGUAUGAAGGUAACACAUCCAGACUUCAAAAAGGCGAAAGACAAGGUUAUGUUCAAGAAGAAAGAGGGGGUCCCAGAAGGACUGUAUAUGUGAAUGCUGUGUUCUUUAUAGACAUGGUCAUUUGUGUGGCGUAUUUCUCUGAAGUUAGCACUUCGUUUUACUUAUUUUUUGUUGAACAUUUGACAUUGGUGAUAUCAAAACAGUGGUCAUUUUGUUAGGUCAA